CGACAAAGAGGGUGUCGGGGCAGUAGCAGUUGGUGUCGGAGAAGUGACGGUGGUGCCAGGGACGUUGACAGUAGUGCCAGAGACGACGGUGGUGGUUCCGGGGAUCGUGACAGUAGUGCCAGAAACGACGGUCGUUGUCGCGGGGACAGUGACAGUAGUGCCAGUGACGACGGUAACUGUCGCAGGGAUGGUGACAGUAGUACCAAAGAUGACCGUGGUAGUGGUAGGAACCUCGACGGUGGUGCCAGGAGCGCCAGGAGUGGUGCCGGGAACGUUAACAGUUGUGCCAGAGACCACGGUGGUGGUGGCGGGGAUGGUCACAGUUGUUCCGGAGACAACAGUGGUCGUGGCGGGAAUCGUGACAGUAGUGCCAGAGAUGACCGUGGUAGUGGUAGGAACCUCGACGGUGGUACC